AUGAUCGAAUCUAAUAUUACCUCAAAAUACACAUGGAGCCCUGCUCUUUAUAACAAGAGUGCCCCUUUCGUAUAUUCUGACAAGAAUACCAAGCCAUUAUUCGAGCUACUCUCUGCCCGGCCUGGUGAACGAAUCGCCGAUAUGGGCUGUGGUACGGGCGAGCUGACCUUACGACUUCAGAAACUCGUAGGGGAGGAAGGGUUGAUUCUGGGAGUGGACGCUAGCGAAAGCAUGCUCAAGAUAGCCGAAGAAAAUGGAAUCAAAAACCUCCUGUGCUGUGACAUACAGAUGCUUGAGAUGCCCGGCAAAUUCGAAGACUUGAUAGGAACAUUCGAUGCGGUGUUCACAAAUUCGACUCUUCAAUGGUGCAAACAAGAUCCACAUGGCCCAGUAAAAUCUGCCAAAUGUCUCCUCAAGCCUGGUGGUAGAUUCGUUGGGGAGUUCCCCGGGUACAUGACUGGAAUAGGUACGAGGUGCGCCUUUUCCCAGGUACUCAAGAAGAGGGGAAUCAAUCCUCCCGACCCAUGGUUUCUUCCCCAACCUGCCGAGUACGCAAAGGCAAGUAUACUUGAGGCGGAAGGCUUCGAGGUCGAAUAUAUCACAUUGGAUCCCCGCGUCUGCUUGCUCUCGGGGCCAAUGAUAGACUUUCUCCGAGCGAUCUAUCGGAUUGCAUUUCUCAAAGAUAUGGGAGAUGAAGAAGCAGAGCAAAUCCUUCAAGAAGUGGCUGAUAUCUUAUCAAAAAAGGCCCAGGAAGGCGCUCAGACUAUCAAGUCUGCAGUUGCGACUCCUCUGGUACCAGAUUUCUCUGCUAAAGAUUACUCAACUUUCUUCCUUGCUGGGGCACUAUGCUGCACGAUCACCCAUGGAGCCAUGACCCCCAUCGAUGUGGUAAAAACACGCAUUCAAGUUGACCCUGCCCUAGCAAAACACUCGCUUCUGUCGGGUGGCCGCAAGAUCGUUGCCGCGGAAGGGCCUCGUGGUCUUCUCACUGGAUUUGGGCCUACGGCUGUAGGUUAUUUGGUUCAAGGUGGUGCUAAAUUUGCUGGAUACGAGUUUUGGAAGAAGAAAUUCGUGGAACUUGCCGGCUCGCGUGAAGAAGCUGUCAAGCACCGGACUGCAAUCUAUCUCGUGGGCGCGAGUGUUGCUGAGUUCUUUGCCGAUAUUCUUUUGACGCCCUUGGAGGCCACUCGUAUUCGACUGGUAUCUGAUAGGACGUACGCAACUGGGCUCGUGACGGGGUUUACACGAAUGGCCAGGGAGGGAGGAGUGGCAGAACUCUAUGCAGGGUUCCUACCAAUUCUCUGCAAGCAAAUUCCGUAUGCCAUUGGUCAAUUCACAGUCAAUGAGUGGUGCCACGAAGUUAUCUUCCGUUCAAUGUCAGAGGACCAGAAGAAGUCACUUUCCGGACCUGCCAAAUUCUCUAUUUCACUUGGUAGUGGCGUGAUUGCAGGAUUUGCAGCCGCUAUUUUAAGUCAUCCGGCAGAUACCCUUCUGAGCCAGAUCAACAAAGGACAUGGACCCAAAGGAUCGAUGGCUUCUCGGCUCAUUGCUCUUGGAAAGCAAGCUGGAUUCCGCGGCUUGUUCGCAGGGCUUGGUCCUAGGAUGAUCAUGACUGCCGGUUUAGUCAGUGGUCAAUUCUUGAUUUACGGGGCUAUCAAAGAUGCCCUUAAUGCUCGCCCCGGGGUGGAGAUUCAUAAGGAAGAAAAUUAA